AUGAUGAAGGUAGUAGUCCUUAUUGAUGGCAUGAAGCUGACCAUUCCGUACUCACAGGAUGAUAAGGUGGGCGAUAUUAAGAAGACGGCCAUACAAAGAUACUAUAAACUAAUCCAAAUGACCUCAGACGACGGAAACAGUUUAGGAAUGACGUCACAAUCUUUGGCGUCAUCAUCGUCAUCAUCAGUACCGUCAUCAUCAUCAGUACCAUCGUCGUCAUCAUCAUCAUCAUCUUACCACAUGUGCACUCUGGAUGGCGCUAUAUUCGACGAUGAUGACGUCAUGGUUGACGUUGUCGAUAACAACGAUACGGACGAUUUUUAUGACAGUAUUGUUACAAAAGAUGUUAAAGCUAAUAAUAAUAAUAAUAAUAAUAAUAAUAAUAAUAAUAAUAAUAAUAAUAAUAAUAAUAAUAAUAAUGGAGAAGAAGAGGAUGACGAUGAUGACGACGACGAAUUAUUACAGGCUGUCAGAAACUGUUUACUCCAAGACAGCUGGUUCGAAGCGAGAGACAAACUCUUCGAACAGCAACAACAACAACAACAUCAUCAUCAGCAACAACAACAUCAUCAACAACAACAACAACAACAUCAUCAUCAUCAAUUAACUUCGAGUUUGUCCUUAAACUCGAUUCUGGAAAAUUCUCGAGGUCUUAGAAAAGAUUCGAAAUUGUCAGUGGCGUCACCAUCGUCUUCAGCCUCGUCGUCAACUACAUUAUCGUCAUCGUCGUCGUCAUCAUCUUUAGUUUCGAAAAUAUCCUACACCGAAGCAGGUGCCCGUCCUACUGAUUCGUUAUUUAAGUUAGUUACGAGCAGCAACUACAGCAAUAACAACAAUAACAAUAAUAACCAUAACAAUAACAAUAGAAAUAAUAACAAUAACCAUCAUAAUAAUAACAACAAUGAUAAUAGCAAUAAUAACAAUAAUAAAAACAAUAACCGUAAUAAUAAUAAUAAUAAUAAUAAUAAUAAUAAUAAUAAUUUCCCGAUGACGUCACGGAAAUUGAAUAGAAAAAGAAUUACAUUCCCGACAGCAGUGACGUCAUCAGCCAUCUACGAUGAUAACCAAGAUGGCGAUGAUGACGAUGCAGAGGACGACGACGACAAUGAUGAUGAUGAUUAUGACCAUGAUAAAGCAGCAGCAGCUGCUGCAGCAGCAGCAACUUCAGCGACAAAGCUGACGUUCGCAUCGACGAUGAUGAAGAACAAGAUGUCGGCCACAAACAUUCCGGCUGCCAUACCAACGAUCAUAAAAACUAAAUCGUCGUCGUCAUCAUCAUCACAACCACCAUCAUCAUCAUCAUCACAGCAACCACCAUCAUUAUCAGUACCACAACCACCAUCAUCAUCGUCAUUUUCGCAAGUAUCACUAUCAGCACCGCCAAAAUCAUCAUCAUCAUCAUCAUCGGUCAUUCAAUCGCCUCUACCUUAUAAAGUCAGACCAAAGUCAGCUGCCAUAUCACCAUCAUCAUCAUCACCGUCAUCACGCCAAUCGGCAUCAUUACUAUUGCCAUCACAUGCACUGCCCUCGUCGCGAUCGUCACCGCCACCGCUAUCGUCGUCGUCGUCAUCUAAUCACGUGAUAACAACAUCGUCAUCAUCAUCAUCGUCGUCGUCGAGUCACGUGAUCACAUCAUUUCGCAGUGACGUCAUAGUGACUAAGGAGUUUUUGUCGUCAUCGUCGUCGUCGUCGUUUUCAGAUUUGACUUACUUUGAAGAAGGCAAUGAUAACAGCGAUAAUAAUAUUAACGAAACACGACGGCCAGAAGCUCUUGCUCUUUCUAACACGCGAAUGAUCGGCAACGUCCGAUGCGUUAAGCUAGUUAAAGGCGCCAGCGGCCUGGGCUUCACGAUAACGAGUCGCGACAACAUGGCCGACGACACUCUUGCUGGACCAAUCUACAUCAAGAAUAUUCUUCCAGGAGGCGUUGCUAUGAAAAGCAAUAAGCUACGCUUAUUGGACAGGCUUUUGAAGGUCAACGAUGUCGACGUAUCGAAUGCCAGGAGAUCUGAUGUGACCCAGUUACUGAGGUUGGCUCCUAUUGGCCAGCCUGUCAAACUGGUAGUCAGUAGACAAGCAGCAGAUGAUGAUGAAGAUGAUGAAGAUGAUGAAGACGACGACGACGACGAUGAUGGUAACAACUUCAGUAGCGAAAGUAAGGACAUUGCCAACAGCGCUGCAAACACACUCCCAAACGAUGGCAACAACAACAACAACAAUAUCCAGAACAACAACACCAUCGACGCGAAGCAACACUGCAACAGCGAUGAUGACGUAAUUGAUAACGUCACUAAACUUGAAAACGAAACUAACGACAAUGACGGCGUCCGGAAAACCUCUAAAAUUCCAAAAUCUCCGAAGAUCGUAAAAACGGAAUCCAAAGAACAGCAGAAGAAACGAAACUUAACAAAAGCCAUGGAGUCAUUUCUAAUGAAAAGUAAAUCCCCAUCUAUUUAUAGCAUCGAGAAUGGGUUUUUCCGAAACGCCAUUUAUAGCCCAGCCGGUGACAAUAAUAAUAAUAAUACAAAUAGUAAAAAUACUACGACUACUACUGCAGCAGCUGAAGCUACCGCCACAAGCGCUCCGACAAAUUUAAUAACGACGACGUUUUCAAUCGUCACACCGACCUCAGAACUUCCGGCCACCAUUCCUGGAGACGGCACAUCCCUAUUCUUCACAUUCCCCAUGUCUAAACUGAUUGGAUUCCCCGUCGAAAUAUCACUCAGGCCGAGGUACAAAGAUAAAAAAUUCGACGGCAUUCUAGCUAAGGUCGCACCCCACCAGCAGAUGCAGCUGCUUAGCUUAAACGAUCAGCAGCUAGACCCAACGACGAUGACUGAACAGCAGUGCAUGGAGGUGAUCAUAAAGGCCAUAAAUAAAGAAAUGGAAUUCCCCAAUUCCGUAGUUCUAAAAUUAGCUUCCCUGACGUCAUCGCCGUUUCCGGGUUAUGACGUCACAAAAAUGUUUAGCAGAGAGGGUUUCGGUAGGCGGAGCGUUUCAGAGAAGCGGAAAGGCCACAUCAACCCGAGGUCAUUCGAUGUUUACAAGCAGAUAAAAGGGGCGGGACCACCCAACAAAUCUAUUUAUAGCACUCCUAAAAAUAGUAACAGUGGCAAUAAAGACGAUUCUAAAAAUAGCAGCAACAAUUUGGUGAGGCAGCUGCUACUGGCAAAGCCGACAAAACUCUACAAAUCGAUGGAUAACUUGUAUCUAAAUGAUGAUGAUAAUGAUGAUGAUGAAGAGGUUGAUAGCGGUUAUAGUAAUGAUACUACUACUGCUGCUGCUGCUGCUACUGCUACUACUGCUGCUCCUGCUGCUUCUGCCACUGGUAAUAAUAGAUUGCUGUGUGAAAAGCUAAGCGAAAGAAGCACAAAACUGACAAAAAGCUUGGACCCAACAAAAGAACAUCUAUCAUUCUUGGAGAAGAUGAGAAGAAUGAGAUAUAGGUCAAAUUUAAGCGCCGUUCUUAACAACAAAACCAACAACAGCAACAACAACAACAACAUCAGCAGCAGCAACAUCAACAACAACAACGUCAGCAACAUAAAACUCAAAGACAAACUAUUCAAUUUAUCUCCGUCAAGAAACGUCUUCAGAUCACUGCCGAAAAAACGGAAUAACAUUAACGUCAUCAACAACAACAACAACACCAAUCGCAACAGUCAAUAUUUUAUUAUAAACGCUCCAGCCUGUUGUCAUGGCAUCCAUUCAAGCUGCAACAAUAAUAAUAACAAAAACAACAACAAUAAUGUGAAUGUUGUUGUUGAUGGUUAUGGUUAUAGUUACUGCAACAACAACAACAAAAGAUUGCAACCGGAAGGAAGAGAGGGAGAUGAAUAUGAUCAUGAUUAUCAGCAACAACAACAAAAACAACAACAAAAUCAACCGUCGUUGAACUUCGAUGUAGACGUACAACAACACAUGAAAACUCCGACAUUGAAACUCAUAGAAUCUUCCAACAUUUACAAAGAUGCAGAACAACAACAGCAACAACAACAACAUCAACAACAGCAACAACAACAUCAAAUAUUGCAGCAGCAACAGCAGCUGAAACACCAUCAGCUGUUGCUAGAACAACAUCAACAACGUCAACAGCAAUUUAUAAAAUUACAACAACAACAACAUCAACAACAUCAUCAACAACAGCAGCAACAACUACAACAACAUCAACAACAACAACAACAUUUUUGCUGCCCCAUUCAAACUUCAUUCCCGCCUCACUCCUGCCGCCAAUAUUUCGAUCAUCAUCACCACCGCCUCCAACAACAACAUCAUUAUCAUCAUCUCCAACAACAACCGCAGGAUCAUUAUCACAACCAGCAGCAGCAACAACAACAAUCUCAACAAUUUGGUUCGCUGAAACAACAACAACAAAACAACAAUAGAAUAAGGAAUAGGCGAAGCCUACUAGUUAGUACAACAAAAACAAGUUACAACGACAUAGAAACCGAAAUUGAUAAACAAUUUGUGGAAAUCCCACAACAACAGCAGCAACAGCAGCAGCAACAACAACAAAAUAUAUUUUACCAGCAAGCCCAGAAAGCACCAUACCGCCUACAACAGCACCCAACAAUACACCACAGCCACCAGCGAUCGUUGGACUUGUCAAGACUUGCAUCAUCGUCGUCGUCGUCGUCGCUGUCAUCAUCAUUAUCAUCAUAUCCAUCAUCGACGACGCCAUUUUGUGGAAAUCUAAAAAUAGAAAUAUCGCAGAGGACUGGGUUUUCCCCUAAACGUUACGUCACAAAUGACAUUCAGGGCUACGAUUUUGACGUCCAACAGUUUAACGGCAGAAAUCGUCAACAAGUCAACAGCAACAGCAACAACAUUUAUAACUGUAACAUUGACGAUGACGUCAUUAAUAACAAUAGCAUCAUCAGUAGCAGCGGCACAAACAACAACAGCAGCAACAACAUUAGCUCACAUCCGCCCUAUAUCACCAAAAUCAACUUGAAUUACGAACCGACGUCUGAAGUCGAAGCCGACGCUGCCGGUACUACACUUUCUAACAACUACUAUCUACUACAGAGAACGGUUAGCGGGAAUUCCAGAUGUUCUAUAAACAGCCUGGAAAACCAGUACGACAAAAAUAGAAGUGACCGGAAAUUUCCGAAUUUCGUUUUCACGCCCAGUAUCGAGAAUGAAACUGGUUUUUCCACCAGACAGGAUAUUAAAUGGACAAGCUCUGCCCAAGUGUAAAGAAUAUUAUGACAACGACGACGACGAUGAUGAUGACGUAGAUAAACCGUUAUACGACAAUUUUACCUUAUGCUAUCACCACCAUGUCAUAUUAUAUUAAUGCUUCAUAAUCAAAAAGUUAACGAUGCCACGAAAUGAAUUUAAAAAUUGUAAAUUAGCGUUAAAAUAUUAAUAUGUAAAAAAAAUGGAUGAAUGGAUGGCUGACGCGAUUAUUUAUUAUUUUUAUAUUUUAUUUCAUUUCAUUCCUAACCUUUGGACAAUCUAUAAUAUUUGUAUAUUCAUACAAUCACUCACUCUUUCAUUCUCUCACUUUUCCGUUCAUUCACUCACUCUUUCAUUCAUUCAUUCACUCAUUCAUUCAUUCGCGUGUGUAUCUUUCUAUCUUUCAUAAUACCGUCCCAUAUAUUUCAUUUUAAAAGGCUUUUAAUCAUGUAAAUGUAUAUACAAAUUUUAUACUCAACUUUUAGCUUUCAAAUUUUAUGUGAAACUAAUUAACUAAUGAACCUAUUAAUUAACUAAUUAAUUAACCCAUUAAAUAAUUAAUUAAUUACUGAUUCGACCUAUUUAUAUCAUUUAUGAUUGAUUCAUUUAUUUAUUGUGAUU